UAUAUUCUUUCUUUCAUCACUCUUCUUGUUCUUCACUUAUUCACUUGUUUUUGCCUUCUUUCCUUGUUUUUGUAGUCAUGGAAGUUUGUCAAAACUUCACCGAUCGCUCGUACGCUUUGAAAGGAAAGCGCACUAAGCGAUCGCGACCGUCGUCCCCGCUGAACACAGCGGGAACGACGACUACAACCAUCACUACUACCACCGGUUCAUCGAUUGCUGGUGGUAGUAAUGAUGGAGGUGGAUAUGGAGGUGAUUUUUACAAUUCACCAACCACUUCUACUACUCAAAUUUCAACAACUAGCACAUCUGAGGAAGAUGAAGAUAUGGCUAAUUGUUUAAUUCUGUUAGCACAAAGUGGAUGUGGCCAUAAAGUAGAAGAAGUUAAAAAAGAGAAAAUCAACAGCAGGAAAUUUGCAGAAAUGGCCACUAGUAGUACAACUGGAAAAGCUGGUUUUUUUGUCUAUGAGUGCAAAACUUGCAAUAGAACUUUUAAUUCAUUUCAAGCACUUGGUGGACAUAGAGCAAGUCACAAAAAGCCCAAAACCAUACUGGAAGACAAAAAAUCUGUCACUAUCAAUACUGACAGUACUGCUAUUGCUGCUGGUCAUGAUAAUUUACAUGAUCAAGAUAAAGAGCAUCUCAAUAAAAUUAGUAGUACUACAACUCAUUCAAACAGCAAAACCAAAAUCCACGAAUGUUCAAUUUGUGGAUCGGAGUUUUCAUCAGGACAAGCAUUAGGCGGACACAUGAGAAGACAUAGACAACCACCUACCACGACGAUGAUAACUGCAAGCAAUCUUUCAGAAUCAUCGUCGUGCCAUAUUCAUGAUGAAAAAUCAAGAAGAAAUGUUUUGUCUCUUGAUCUUAAUUUACCAGCACCAGUUGAAGAUGAUCACAAAUUCGAACAAAGUCUAGUCUUCUCUGCAGCCCCUUUGGUUGAUUGUUAUUAUUAGUAAUUUAAAAAAGUGAAGAGAUUAUAUUCCAUAUAUUUUUUUUAGUAAUUUUAAAAGUGAA